AUUGUUAAUAAUUUUAAAAAACUGAAUAUUUUUAUAUGUUAUGUUAUACGUGUACUACCCACGUGGAUUAUUUUUUGACAACUAUGUCAGAUCCACUACCAUUACCACAAAAAAAAUAUUAUAGACAACGUGCACACUCUAAUCCUAUAGCAGACCAUUGUUUAGAAUAUCCUAUUAAACCUGAUUUAAUGAAUUGGAAUUCAUUAUAUCCAUUUUAUUUUCCAUUUAACAAAGAAUCUAAAGAAGAUAAUGAUGCAAAAAAAUGUGUUGAAUUUGUAGAUAUUGGUUGUGGCUAUGGAGGAUUACUAGUUACAUUAUCACCAAUGUUUCCUGAUAAUUUAAUUCUUGGUAUGGAGAUUAGAGUAAAAGUUUCUGAUUAUGUUAUGGAUCGUAUAGCUGCAUUAAGAUCACAAUAUCCUGGACAAUAUCAAAAUAUUGCAUGUUUGAGAACUAAUGCAAUGAAAUAUUUACCAAAUUACUUUCAAAAAGGCCAGGUAUAAAUAAAAAGUAUUUGAAAAAGAUGUUUUUUUUUAUAUCCAGAUCCACAUUUUAAAAAAUCCAAACACAAGUGGAGAAUUAUAAAUAAAACACUCUUGGCAGAAUAUGCUUAUGUAUUAGCUGAAGAUGCCAUUGUAUACACAGUAACAGAUGUUAAAGAUUUACAUGAAUGGAUAGUAAAACAUUUUCAAGAACAUCCAUUAUUUGAUAAUAUUUCUAAAGAAGAAUUGGAUCAAGAUCCCAUUAUUGAGAAAUUAUAUGAAAGCACAGAAGAAGGUCAAAAAGUAACAAGAAAUAAAGGAGAUAAGUUUUUAGCUAUCUUUAAACGUAUUCCAGAUCCAUUUGAAAAAAAAAUUAGUUGAUGUCAAAUAUAUUAUAAAUAUCAUAUAUUUGUAAAUAAAUGAAAAUUUUUAUAAUCAUA